AUGGUUCUGUGUUUUGCGCCUCGAUCUGAUGUGCUCCGGGACAACGACUCUGAUGAGAAGGUCAUCAACAAGCUCCAGGAUGCUGUCCAUUGGCCUCCGGAGAAGCUCCUGAACGAAGGCAAGGACUGCUGGGAGCCUUGUGGCAAUGUCUCGGGCGAUUGCGCCUGGUGUGGCAAGGGCAACGCCUGUUGCCGCUUCAAUGCAGAAUUCGACCCUGAGGAGUGCACAGGUAUCACCGAUUUCACCGUGAAGGACCGCCAUACCUGCGUGACGCCCGUGGCGUACCAUGCCUUGAAACAUCGGAAACAAGAGUGCUGGUCGCACUGUGGGAAGUCUGGCUAUUGCAACUGGUGUGGCAAAGGGAAUUCCUGUUGCAUGCAAAGCGGUGCUUCCUGGGAUUCCACUGAAUGUCAUGGUGCCUUCGGAUUUCACUUGAAGAACAAGCAUGAGUGUGUCGCCACGCUGGGCGAGUGUCCUUUCCUGGAGGAGCCAGACGGCUAUGGUGGCUGCCGAAAGCCGGCCCAGCCUCCAGCAUUGACCUUCUACAUGUACAAGGCAGCAGGGCCCAACUGGCCGGUGGAGCUCAAUCAGAGUGGCAGCAUGGGCAGUUUGUCCGGUGUGAUGUGGUAUCUCCACAACGACAUUGUGGUGCACUGCCCUCGCACUCAUGGCAUUGACCGCAUUCGGAGAUACAUGGUGACCUUGAAGCCCACCGAGGCUCUUUUCUACAAGACUGGCAAGGUCUUCGACCGCUACGUGGAAUAUCAGAACGCGAAAGCCAAGGACCUGUCCACAAGCCAAGAGCGUUGGUCCAAGUAUGGGUACAACCCAGGCUGUUUGCACGUGGAUCGCCACAAGGACAGGGCUGCCUAUGCAGAUGCCAUUUGGUACUCUAUGCCGGGUAGUUGCCCUUCAAAGGACCUUUGGAGUAGCACAUUGGCUUGCAUGAAACGUGAGCCUGGAGGCUGGUGCAAGAAUCCCAAUGGGACAAGCUCUUGCACGUGGAAAGCCGAGUACGCUGGAGAGAUCUUUCUGGACGAGCUGGUUGGAAUUGUGGACUAUGCCACUUUUUGUAGCUCCGGACACUAUGAGUUCGACCUGGAGACCGACGCCGGGAUCGGCAACGACUUCUGGAACCAAAAGCUCAAUGUCGCGGCCUGCAAGUUGCGCGUCCAGCGCGCCCACCAGUUGUUUGAGAAAAAAUAUCCUUCGAUGCCCUUCAGCAUGGACCGGAGGCCCUGCGACGCGGAUGAGCCGAACCCGCUGACGUGA